GUAAUAUCUUUGUUGUGAACAUGCCUGCAGUACAGUCUGUACUUCUUUAGUAAUAAGGUCCUUUACACAUGGCCCUGCUGGACUUCUGCUGUAAAGUUCGAAGUCUGAGUAUUAGUGUAGGUUGCUCCACUAUCCCCUGAAACAGAUACAGUGUUGUCUUUUAGCAGUGGAGCCAAUAACAUCAAAUAAACGAUGCAAACAGGACUCUGAAGUCUGCGGCCUAACAGCUAGCAGCAGCCUGUGACCUAAAGUUCCCACCGGACUGACGACAAACAACACCAGGAUCUGACUAUGAGGAAGGACUACUGUCAGACCGAGACUACCAACUAAACACUGAUCCUUUACUUUAAGUUCAUUCAUAGUUUCCACUCGAAGAUACCAGGAACUUUACCAUGUUUUUACUGUUCGCUGCAUCUCGUCCAAGUUCCCUCUGUGAGCCCAUUAAGAGGAUUUGUCUGAAAAUGUCUUCAUCUGCUUCUAACACCCCACUGAGAGUCCUGGUGGACAUGGACGGGGUCCUGGCGGACUUCGAGGGAGGGUUCUUGAAGAAGUAUCGGACCAGGUACCCAGACGAUCCCUACAUCACCUUGAAUGACAGGAGGGGGUUUUGGGUGUCAACACAGUAUGGGCAGCUGAGGAGUGACCUCUGUGAAAAAGCCAUGAGUAUCUGGGAGUCCAAGGACUUCUUCAUAGAGCUGGACCCUCUACCAGGGGGCGUGGAGGCCGUCAAGGAGAUGGCCAAGAUGGAGAAUACAGAUGUCUUUAUCUGCACAAGCCCAAUCAAACACUACACACACUGCCCGUAUGAGAAGUACGCCUGGGUGGAGAAGCAUCUGGGCCAUGACUUCCUGGAUCAGGUAAUCCUGACCAGAGAUAAGACCGUGAUCUCUGGAGACCUCCUCAUAGACGACAGGCCGGACAUUCUUGGAGUGGAGCCCAAACCAACAUGGGAACACAUACUGUUCACCGCCUGCCACAACAAGCACCUCUCCCCCGACCCCUCACAGAGGAGACUCCAGUCCUGGCAUGACGACUGGAGGUCCAUCCUGAACAGCAAACGGAAGUGAGGAGCCCUCUCAGCCACCUGAGGGUGUCGAGGCUCAGAGGGAGAGUCAUCCAUCUAACACCAGAGUUCAUUUCCAGGGAGAAGGAGAGAAACAUCAACAUUAAGGUUUUAGAGAGAGAGAGAGAGAGAGAGGGAUGUUUUACUCAAAACAGGGACAACAUGACUUCAGGUGACUCAGCAGCUCACCUGCAGGCUGAUGUGUGUCUGAAUGUCUUAAAGAGUCAUGUGACAUUUCAUAUCUGAUCCAGUGGACUCUGUAUGUUUGUGGUCUUGUUUACAAAAGACACGUUGGACAGUAUUAUAUCGCAUUAGUUAGUGAAAUGUAACAACAGCAUGACACUCCACAUCACACUGAAGUUUACAGAAAUGAUCUCCUGGACUCUGGAGGUCCACCUGCACAUCAUCACUGUGACUGUAAACUCAUAUCUGUACUGUUAGAUAGACUCCAUACGAGUGUUCGUGUCACUGAAGCCACUGAUUCGUGAAUGAAAACGUGCAUGUGAUAGUUUCAACUCAAGGUUUUAAAGGACUUAUACGAUGACGAGGGUGCGAGCAGGCACACUUCUUCCACUUCUCCUCUUCUGAAAUAAGCUGAAGUCAAAGUAAUAAAGCUUCAGCUGCGUUUCCGUUAAGAGGUACUGAUACGGUACGCAGGUUUUGGUGCUCUCACUGUCAUAACUUUGGAAAGGUAAGAUCCAUACCAUCCUACUUUUCUGUCACCUUCUGCUGGGUCUGAAUCUGACCCCACAUGUGGAGCUAAACACUCUGCAGUCUGUUGAUUGAGACAGAGGAAGGGAGGAGAGGUUAUACUGGAUUAUAUCUCUCCUCAUCUGAUGUAAUCUGAUCAGUAAAACUGUAUGAAUCCUUAUUUUUGUAUGUUUUUAUUCUUUACAGGGGAUGUUUUCAGGUGUAAUGCAGGGUCGGUCAUGUCAGGGAACACUGUCUCAUAAAGGGAGAUCUUACCUGACAGAAUGUUUCACAGCAGGCUCAAAUACAACAAUAUGCAAAGUUCUUCUUUUACCAGAUAACUGUCUGAACUUCAAAAUAAAAGCAUGCUGUGAAAACAAGGAGAGUCCCUCCACAGAAACACA